AACAAUCCAAAUUCCAUGUAAUCAAAAUCUCUAAAAAAGGUUGAAAAUAUUGUGUAACACUUUUAAAAAAGAAGAACUUUAGUUCGAAACGUUAACUAAUCAAAUUGCGUUAAUGAAACAUGUAUGGAAAGUCACAAAAAGUAGAAAGUUGAAACAUAACCUCAAUUGUAUUAUAAUUUUACAAUAUCCUCUAAAAUCCUGUAAAAAAAAUAAUAUUAGAUAAUUAUAUCGAUAAUAAUGACGACUUCAAGAGUGUUACAUAAUGUAAUAUUGCGUACAAAUGGUUCUUUACUACAAUCAAUUGGAAAAUCACAUGAUAAAAUACGGUAUUUUUUUAGUAAAGCUGAUGAGCAUAAGAAACACCAUGGAAGGAAACUAGUGGGAUUUUCGAUGGAACAAAUGUUUACAGUUGUCUCAGAUGUUGCUAAUUAUAAAUCAUUUGUCCCAUUUUGUAAAGGUUCCACUAUCAUUUGCGAAAGUGACGAAAAUUUGAAAGCCGUGUUACAUAUUGGAUUUCCCCCAAUCUUUGAAAGCUAUGUUUCUGAUGUUACUUUGAGCAAACCUAACAUGGUGAGGGCAGUUUGCAAAGAUGGUCGGUUAUUUGAUUAUUUAGAAACGUAUUGGAAAUUCAGUGAAGGAAUUGAAAGCAAUCCGCAAUCUAGUAUCGUUGACUUCUCCAUUGAUUUUCGUUUCAAAUCAACGCUACAUCUCAAGUUAGCUAAUAUGUUUUUUGACGCUUUAGUUGGACAAAUGGAAACCGCUUUUCUUACCGAAGCAAAAAGACGAUAUGGAGCUGAGUCAAUACCGAUUCAUGAAUUAUCUUAUGUCAAAACUUGAUGAUUAGAAAAGUUGGACUUUAAUUCCUUUAUUAUUUAUUUAUUUUUUUCUUGGAAGUAGAUCUUAUUUAUUAUUUUUAAUGAUUACAUGUACAUA